AGAGAAUUAAGAACGGAAAGUGUUUAAAACGACGGAAUUGCUCGUACUGUGUCCUCAGUGUGAUCGGCGAGCUCCAGCGAGCGAGGAAGAAAGAAAGAAAGAAAGAGAAAGAGAAAAAGAUAACGUGAGGGAGCGCGAGUGGCGUAUCAAGAUGGCGCAUAAUUUGGCACCGAGCGUCAACUGCUCGCUCGACGACAUUGACCUGAACGCUCUGAAGGAGCCCGCUGGAAUCUUCGAGCUGAUAGAAGUGGUCGGCAAUGGGACGUAUGGCCAAGUCUACAAAGGUCGGCACACCAAGACCGGUCAGCUGGCGGCCAUCAAGGUCAUGGACGUCACGGAGGAUGAGGAGGAAGAAAUCAAGUUGGAAAUAAAUGUACUCAAACGGUAUUCGAAUCAUAGGAAUAUAGCUACGUAUUACGGUGCCUUCGUAAAGAAGUCAUCACCCGGCAAAGACGAUCAAUUAUGGCUGGUCAUGGAAUACUGUGGAGCUGGCUCUGUCACGGAUCUCGUCAAGUCGACUAAGGGCCAGAGCUUGAAGGAGGAGUGGAUAGCCUAUAUAUCGCGAGAAAUACUGAGGGGACUUAGUUAUCUUCACAGCAAUAAAGUUAUCCACAGGGAUAUUAAGGGGCAAAAUGUUUUGUUGACUGAUAACGCGGAAGUCAAACUCGUCGAUUUUGGUGUUAGCGCACAAUUGGACAGGACGAUAGGUAGAAGAAAUACAUUUAUUGGCACACCUUACUGGAUGGCUCCAGAAGUUAUUGCAUGCGACGAGAAUCCAGACGCCACUUACGACAAUAGAAGCGACCUUUGGUCACUCGGAAUUACCGCUCUAGAAAUGGCUGAAUCACAACCUCCGCUCUGCGAUCUGCAUCCCAUGAGAGCCUUGUUUUUGAUUCCUCGUAAUCCACCGCCACGACUUAAAUCGAAAAAAUGGGCCAAAAAGUUUCACGGAUUUAUCGAAACGGUACUGGUAAAGGAUUAUCAUCAAAGACCAUACACGGAACAGCUUCUUAAACAUCCGUUUAUACGGGACCAACCUACAGAAAGACAAGUCAGAAUACAGCUUAAAGAUCACAUUGAUCGUUGUAAAAAGCGCAAACAAGAGAAAGAAAGAGACGACUAUCGAUAUAGCGGAAGCGAAAAUGAAGAGGAUGAACCAGCACUGGCAGGCGAGCCGUCGUCUAUAGUUCAAGCACCUGGAGGAGAUACAUUGCGUCGUAAUUUCCAACAGAUUCAAGAAGGUAGAACUUUGACGCAGGAUGUGCCUCCACAAGCGCCCGCCGCUAAAGAGAAACCAGGAAAUAGAUCUCAAAGAGAGGUGCCGGAACCUGGACCUCCUGCGAGACCCGCUAUACCGCACAGACUUAUAGUGGUACCCGAUCCGCAACCACCGUCUCGUCCAUUACCUCCGACACCUAGAGACGAUCCUCGACAACCGCACAAAGUAUCCACACCACCUUCUAAUCAUCAAACACCUGCUGGUGGAGGGGGAGGAUCUGGCGGACAACCUGCGCCUCAAAGGAACAGUGUCUUUAAACCUAUGCUGCCGCCGAAGAAGCCAGAGGACAUGGAGAUACUGGCUGCUCAACUCAUCGAGCUUGGUGUGUCACAGGGCCCCGAGGCCCCGCCAAGGCCAAACAGGCAACAUAAGGGUCCUGCAGCUUCGUCUACAUCGAAUUCGGUGCAGCCCGCAGGUGGUAAUGAUCAGAACAACAAACAGAUGCCGCAAUCCUCCAGUAUUCUCGAUCAAGCACUAUCGAUUGAGAGUGACAGUGAUGACGAUCUCGAGGAUGCUGGUGGGAACAAUUUGAGAAAUGACGGUACUUUAUUAGCCAGCGACCCGCCCAAACCGCUUCCCGAAUUUUCUCCUUUCAGACCGUCAUCGGACUCAUCAUCGUCGUCUUCGCAUAAUGCUCAAAACUCCCAUCAUGAGGACAAGCCGAAAGGAGGGGCACCGAAUCGUCCACUCCCACCAACCCCCGAUGAGGAAGAAUCGGGAGAUCGUACGCUAGUCAUGAAACGAAAACUUAGUCAGAUGUCAGACGAUCGUGCAACGGCUAGCGGCAACCGGCGUUCAGAAAUAGAUGAGCAGCUCCUCCUGAAGGAGUGGGAUUUCACCCGCUUCUUUCAGGGUUUUAACGAAAAGUUGGAUAAAAUGAAACAGGAGCAUCAGCAAGAAGCGGCCGGUCAGACGAGCAAGUCCGGAUCCAACGAGGAUCGCUCCUCUUCAUCUAGCGAAAGAACGCUCAAGAGACAGGAGCAGUUAGCCCGAAGGAAACACGAGCAGCAGCAGCAACAGCAGCAGCAGCACCAUCAUCAUCAAAAGCAACAGCAAUUGAAGCCGAUUCACAGGCGGCAAGAGAGCGACUCGAAACUGGGAAAUGCAUCGAGCGCUUUUGCGCGUGCCUUUCGCCGCGAGAAUUCGGACUUCUUUCCGUCCGCGCGACACUCGGCGUACCUGCAGAAGUCAUCGGACUCCUCGAGAUCUAGUAUAUUCGCCAGUGGCAAUCGUCGCGGAAGCGAGAUAAGUGUCGCCGGUAUUGUUGGUAAGAAGGGCGGCGCCCUCAGCUCCGGGGAACCGGUCUUAACGGAUUUCUCAUUGUGCCGCGAUGGGCCUCAGAGGCCCAGGAGAGAAAAGACCGAGAGCGAAAUUGUUUUCGGUAGUAGGCACGAAGCGAGGAGAUACGAUUUCGGACGCGAUAAAGACGAGAACGCAAGAAGACGCAGUUGUAGACCCUCGGAUGCUACGGCGUCUGCCGUAGUCGACGAUGCGGGAACGAUUAAGUCCACGGCCAGUACAACGGCCAGCGAGUACAGCCCCAUUGUCACCCAGAAUCGCGAGGGUGACCGUUCGAGAAGCGGAGGUGGUAGUGAUUUCCAGAGAUCGGAUUCGUCCCCAGGUUCACGGCCCAGCUCGGUUUUACCGGAUCUUCUUACUUCUUCACCAGGUCAACGACAGGACAAGUCAACUAGCGAGGAGUAUCGACAAGCGGUGAAAUCACCUCCUCCGUUUGCGCUUCAACAGAAGCAGCGGUCUUUCUUGACUUUCGGAUUCGGAGCCGGUCCAGCGAGGAGAGAAUCCCACGUGAACGUUAACGUGACUCCCACCAGCCACGAUUUAGCGUCAGAUACGCCUGAAAUACGUAAAUACAAGAAGCGUUUCAAUAGCGAAAUCCUUUGCGCCGCAUUAUGGGGAGUAAAUCUAUUGAUCGGUACCGAGAACGGCUUGAUGUUAUUGGACAGGAGUGGACAGGGUAAAGUUUAUCAAUUGAUCAACAGGAGACGUUUUCAACAAAUGGAAGUACUCGAGGGUCAAAAUAUUUUGGUUACCAUCAGCGGUAAGAAAAACAGAGUACGCGUCUAUUAUCUUUCUUGGUUGAAGAGCAAGAUUCUGCGAACAGAUGGUCACAGUGACCAAGUCGAACGACGUAACGGUUGGAUCAACGUGGGCGAUCUGCAGGGCGCAGUGCAUUUCAAAAUAGUGAAAUACGAGAGGAUAAAGUUUCUUGUGAUUGCGCUGAAAGAUUCCAUAGAGAUUUACGCUUGGGCGCCAAAGCCGUACCACAAAUUUAUGGCCUUCAAAUCUUUCGGCGAGCUCGCGCACAGACCUCUACUGGUUGACCUUACGGUCGAGGAGGGUUCGAGGUUAAAGGUUAUUUACGGUAGCGCUGAUGGAUUUCACGCGGUCGAUUUGGAUUCUGCCACAGUUUACGAUAUUUAUCUACCGAAACACACCCAAGGUCCCAUUUGCCCGCACUGUAUAGUAGCGUUGCCGAACAGUAAUGGCAUGCAAUUGUUACUCUGCUACGAUAACGAAGGCGUAUACGUAAACACUUACGGCAGAGUAUCGAAGACGAUGGUUCUUCAAUGGGGCGAGAUGCCUACGAGCGUCGCAUACAUCGGCACGGGACAGAUUAUGGGUUGGGGCAAUAAGGCGAUCGAAAUUAGGAGUGUGGAGAGCGGUCAUCUCGAUGGUGUUUUCAUGCACAAGAAAGCUCAACGGCUCAAGUUCCUCUGUGAACGUAACGAUAAGGUAUUCUUCUCGUCGGCAAAGGGUGGUAGUUCGUGCCAGAUCUAUUUCAUGACUCUAAAUAAACCAGGCAUGGCCAACUGGUGAUCCCGAAUGAGGCCGAAUCUGGCCCCAAGAUUAUUAUCCUCGCGAUUACCCCCGUUGCCGCACAAUCCGCCGCGUGUAUCGGGAUAUACAGCAUCGGCGCGCACACUCGCCCGCCCUUCACUGCCAGGACCCAGCGCUUUGGAGACCAGGAAGUGCGUGCACCGUAUCCAGCAUUCUUAUCAGCAUCAGCAACAAGUACAGCAUCGUCAGCGUCAUCGUCACUAUUCUCAUCAUUAUCCACAUAAUCUUUCAUACAACUAUAAUUACGACUACGAAGAGGACGAAGAGUAUGACAGCAGGUUCCAAAGAUGCACUCGAUUGCCUUUACGAAGCACACCGGGAACGUUAACGUUCGUGAAUCUGCUCGUCAAGAAAUUCCUCUGUUUUCUUACUUGCUCGCCCUGCGGAUUGCGCGGUGCGGCCUAACGCGCGGCCGAAACGCAGAGCGAAUUUCUCUCCUUUCUUCCCUUCCUUUAAAAAAAAAAAGAGGAAGAGCGCACGUUGAAUUUUUGCACGCUGGUAAAUCGUAUCAAUAUUCUAUGUAUUCCUCUCUCUUUGUUUCAAUACACAAAUUUGUCGCUUUUACGAUCACUACAAUAAGUCUGUACUUGUUUCGCGUUGGCAUGUAUACGUAAAGUAUAUCUUAAUUCUCGAGGAACUUCAAAUAUUAAAAAUCGAACAAAGUGUAUUUUACUGUGUCUGAUGAAUAUAGUUAAUAAUUAAGAGUGUUUUAUACGAAAGAUGAUUUAGAAUAAUGUAAUAGAGCAUGAACUUCAUUUGUGCUGAUCUUUCUAAAAAAAAAAAAAUUGUGAGUAGAUAGUUGUAAGAACAAUGCUGACGAAUUACCAGAGACACGUCGAUCGCAUAGUCGAUCGGUCGUGCCGUGCAACUGUUUUCAGUGUGGGAAAAUUCGUGCAAUAUCGGUCUGUACAAAAGAAAAAGAGACCGUAUGCUAAGAGACUCCUUAUUUAAAUCGAAGCAAGGAUAUAUAUUCCGAUAACCGAAUUGUGAAUGUCGUAUAAUGAGCAGGAGAUCUCGAGGAAUAAAGAAAAAAAAAAAGAAAGAAAGAAAGAAAGAAAAAGGAGCUCGUACAGUGCUCGAAAUCGUGAUUCUUUUCUUGUCGAAGUUUGUUGAUUUCUUAGUGAAAAAGUUCUGGUGUGGUUUUAACGAAAAGCGUAGCGACGUUCUAGCAAAAGCCGGACGAACGCGUUACGACAGGCUGGCGCCAUGAAUAACGGAGACAACAUCGUUACGUACGACGCGAUAUCAUGAUAAACUUAGAAUUAAGUGAGAGUAAUUACUAACGUUAAUUAAUUGUAUAGUUAUAGAAGCUGGGGGUUCUUCCCGCUCGUGCGUAGCGGGUAAGCGCGACGACGAUGACGAUGACGCGAGGUGAAAUAACGCGGGUAGACAUCCGACGGACGAGUCGCAUUUUUACAAAUAAUAGAUUAAUUAUACCGUAGGGAUUUCAUGACGCACGAUGUCGGGACGUGAAUAACCGAGUCUCUUUCUUCUUUCCCUCCUCCCCCCCCUCCCCCCACGAUAAUGUUUUCACGUUUUUGAGUAAUUUCUUUUUUACAUUUGACACAACGUGUAUCCUUCCCUUAUACCGCGUAUCACGAGAGACAUACAUUCGUACGACCCUUUUGUCGUGAUGUCGUUUUAUCGUGAAACGUAAAAAUAUGAAUGAACGCGUAAGUCUUCAGCUUUUGUAAGAAAUUUGUAAGCCUUAGCGAGACGACGCGCGCAUAAGAGAGAGCAUCCUGCCCUUCUGUCUUCCUGCUCGUUCCUCGAUCGCGAAUCGCUGUUCCGCUUCCGAAGCGUUAUUACAGUCUGAUCUCAUAUAAUCUCGAAGACACACUUUUCCGAUUUAAAAGGGAAUCCUUAAUGUAAUCAUUAUAUCGCUGUGUUUUAUUGAUGUUGGAUUACUCUUGGCCGAUUUAAGCCGGCUUACGGCGUUAAUAACGGAGCGGAAAGAGUUUUCAAUUUCCCAAGUAACGCGAGUCCUUCGUUCACGUUGUCCACGAUAUCGGAAUUUCUCGAGCGUGCACGCAGUCAGUAUACGUAAUGUUUGCGCAGGGAUCCUUAUCAAUAUCGCGAAUCGAGUUACAUUAGAAAUCGUAGCGAAAACGACAUUCAAUCGACGUUACCAACGUGAUCUCGGAACAAGUGCGGCAAAAACAUUUUGCACUUUAAGGGUGCCAAGAUUAUCCGGCUAAAUGUCUGUGUUACUUCGGACAAGGCGAUUACGUGAGCGUGACGUGAGCAUGUCGUAGCAGAAAAGAAAAUAGCAAA